AUGGCGACCCCCGGCAACCUGGGGUCCUCCGUCUUGGCGAGCAAGACCAAGACCAAGAAGAAGCACUUCGUAGCGCAGAAAGUGAAGCUCUUUCGGGCCAGCGAUCCCCUGCUCAGCGUCCUGAUGUGGGGGGUGAACCGCUCCAUCGUUGAACUGAGCCACGUUCAAAUCCCUGGUAUGUUGAUGCCAGAUGACUUCGGAGCCUAUUCAAAGAUAAAGGUGGACAAUCACCUUUUUAACAAAGAAAGCAUGCCAAGCCACUUCAAGUUUAAGGAAUACUGCCCGAUGGUUUUCCGUAACCUGCGGGAAAGGUUUGGCCUCGAUGAUCAGGAUUUCCGGAAUCCCUUGACCAGGAGCGAACCCCUUCCCAACGACUCCCAGGCACGCAGCGGGGCUCGAUUCACACACACCGCCUACGACAAAAGACACAUCAUCAAGACCAUCACGAGUGAAGAUGUGGCCGAAACGCACAGCAUCCUGAAGAAAUACCACCGGUACGUCGUAGAAUGUCACGGGAUCACGCUUAUUCCCCAGUUCUUGGGCAUGUACCGGCUUAAUGUUGAUGGAGUUGAAAUAUACGUGAUUGUUACGAGAAAGGUGUCCAGCCACCGUUUAUCUGUAUAUAGGAAAUACGACUUAAAGGGCUCUAGGGCGGCUCGCGAAGCCAGCGACAAGGAAAAGGCCAAAGAACUACCGACUUUAAAGGAUAAUGAUUUCAUUAAUGAGGGUCAAAAGAUUUAUAUUGUUGACAACAACAAAAAGGUGUUCCUGGAAAAACUGAAGAAAGAUGUCGAGUUUCUCGCCCAGUUCAAGCUCAUGGACUACAGCCUACUGGUGGGAAUCCACGAUGUGGAGAGAGCCCAACGGGAGGAGGUGGAGUGUGAAGAGAAUGACGGGGAAGAGGGGGGUGAGAGCGAUGGCACCCACCCCGUCGGGACCCCUCCAGACAGUCCCGGGAACACGCUGAACAGCUCCCCGCCCUUGGCUCCUGGGGAGUUUGAUCCGAACAUUGACGUUUAUGGAAUUAAAUGCCAUGAAAACUCGCCCAGGAAAGAAGUGUACUUUAUGGCCAUUAUUGACAUUUUGACUCAUUAUGAUGCAAAAAAGAAAGCAGCCCACGCGGCAAAAACCGUUAAGCGUGGUGCUGGUGCAGAGAUCUCGACCGUGAACCCAGAACAGUAUCCAAAGUGCUUUUUGGACUUUAUUGGC